UCUCACUUUUUAUUUACACUCAACACUACAUACUGUACACGCUGAAUAAAAUGUUUGCAUUAAAAACAUCCAGUAUAUCACGGCUCUGAAUGUUUUAAAUCCAUUAAAACAUGGAUUUAAUCCACUACAUAGUGGAUGUCUGUGACAUAGUAGAUGAAAUCCUCUACGUCGUCUCGCUACAGUCCGCAGUAAGGAAGAGAGGACCUCUUGGUGUUUUACGGGACGGGUGGCAACCCUUUUUGGGACACAGCUGAUGUCUAUGGAGGAGAUGCUUCAGUGUGCUGAAUAAACUGCUUUUGUGAGGAAACAGCUCAUCACUUAAUGUUAAUUAAGUGAUGAGCUGCUAAUCUUCAACAUGUUUUACACUAAACAACCCUUUUGGGGUGAACCAUAUCUGGAGUCUACUACGAUAAAAUUGCUGUUUUUAAUUGUUUACACAUAAUUGUUUAAAAUAGUUACACUCAGGACCUUCAGGACAAAAAUGUCCCCAUUGAAACCCAUUAAAACUGCAAUAUUUGAUCCCAGUGCCAUUAAAGCAUAAAAUCAUGAAUUCUAUGAUAUUAUGCUUUCAUUCUGGAGCCCUGGCUUCAAAAUUUACAUUUUUAAUAUUUUCCAUCAGAUGGCGCCAUUUUCUCAUGUUUAGCCUAUGGAGCAAAUACAUGCUUUUCCCCUAUUCUCUGUUUGCUGUAUUAUAGAGCACUGCAGGACAACUGAAUACAUGAUGCAGAUAAAAUUGUGUGUGUGUGUGUUGGUAUGGAUGUCAGAGUGUGUUUUGUGUGUGUGUGUGUGUGUGUGUAAAAAACAACAGUGGCAUUAUAUAAACAUACUGGCAUUUAAAGAGUUAAAAUCCUGAAAAUGAAUGAAUAUUUGGUAGUUAUGAUCAGGACUAAUGUUGGUUAAAAAAUUAACUCAUUGAAAGUGAAAAAUAAUAUUAAUAUAUAAUAUUAUUAUGGCAGUUUUUUGACGCGGACAUUUUUGUCCUCUAAGAACCUCUGAGUAACUUUUUUUAUUGACGCACAAGAGUUAAGAGAAGUCACGGACGAUUUUGCAACAGGAAGGUGUCGGUUUACGGCUAAUCCAAUUCAUAAUAAGGUAUCCGCAAACGGCGACUAACUGUCGUAACACGCUCUCUGCCAUGGUAGAGCCGCGGAUGUUGACUUCCGUAUAAAAGAUCUCUGUUCUGUUCCAACGUCACUUCCCUGGGAAGUGGCCGCAUGUUUUGCAAAGGUUCUGUAAACAUUAUUUGACUCUCAACAGGAUCAUAUUCCGCGCCACAGUGGACGAAGAGGACAAGAUAAUCACUCGAGAAAUAUAAACAACUCUUGUCUGAUAGUUUCAGUAUCAGGAUGUCCACAUCUGUCGAUAUUCACGCGCAGCUGGCGUCGAUCGUCGAGCGGUUCGCCAAAUGUGCGCUACUGGAGAUGAGUCGAGCUGUGGAUCAGGAGAUCAACCGCAGACAGAUGGAGGUUGAGACUCUGAUGGUCAAACUCCAGUUUACUGAGAGCGAACUCCGAAAAGCCCGACAGAACCAACCGAACCUGCGAUCAGUGGGAACACAAGCCAACGACACUGAACACAGAGAGAUAAACCUGGACCAUGUGAAGUUGAGUGAAAAUCACGAAGGAUACACUGAGACACAAACUGAUGAUUCUUUGCAGACUUUCACAUUCAACGCAGAUGGAAUCAAAUCCAUCCAAAUCAAAGAGGAACACAUGGAGGAACAACAGUGGCACAGUGGACAGAUGUCUCCUGCUCUUUGUCCAUCAGGUCUUGAGAUGGAAGAUCAGGACCGUUUCAGCACUGGAAUAAUAGGAACAGCUAGAGAGGGUUCACAUCAUGGUCUGUCAGAAGCUGAAAGGUUGCUGUACUCAAUCGCUGAAGACAACUCUGACAUAGAGGAAAUGUCAGACGGUGAGGAAAUUGACCCAGAGCAAUGGAAUGAAGAUCAAAUCAAUGAUUAUCCUCCGCUGGAUCACGACAGCUGUGAAGAUAGUGAAAAUGAUGACAGUGACGAAAUAUCCAGUGGACGUGGUGAACAUUGGGUAUGCACUGCGUUCAAUCCAGACUUGGUGCCGUUCCAGGCUGAGGAUAAGACUUUCAGUGAUCGACUCGGUUGGCAGCCAGUGGACUAUGUUAAUCAGUACAUCGAUUCAGAAUUGAUGAAGCUCAUUACUGACUGUUCAAACGCAACAGCACUGGCUACCACUGGCACACCACUCAACGCUACCAUUACUGAGAUGUACCAUUUAUUUGGAGCGUCUAUUUUGAUGUCAUGUGUGCAGUAUCCAGAAAUGAGAAUGUUCUGGUCCAAUGCUCUACGAAUCCCUGCAAUUAGCGACCGGAUUACUCGUGGCAGGUUUUUCAAAUUGAGAAGCAGCCUGAAAGUGGUUAUCGACACUGACGUUCCUGAACAGACAAAGAGUGCCGAUCGAUUCUGGAAGGUGAGACCGUUUCUGGAACGUGUUCGCAGAGGCUGCUUGCUUCAAUUUCGACCAGAAUGCGUGUCCAUCGAUGAACAGAUGGUCUCAUUUACCGGUGCCUGCCCAUUUCGGCAGUAUAUGCCAAGUAAGCCCAAUCCUGUCGGCAUGAAAAACUUUGUGUUGGCUUCAGCUAGUGGGAUUGUGCUGGACUUUCUUUUAUAUCAAGGUGCAGAGGCUCUGUGUUCACAAGAUUCGGCAGGUAAAGACCUGGGUCUCGGAGGCAUGGUUGUAGCACAUCUGGCUGAAUCGCUGCAUCCUGGUUCCAAGAUCUACUGUGACCGCUUCUUCACAAACAUGAAAAUUGUGGAUCACAUGAUUAAGAAGCAGGUGUACGUGACUGGCACCGUCAUGCAGAAUCGGGUAGCUGAGGCACUGAAGAAACUUCCAGGUGACAAGACCAUGGAAUUGCAUAAAAGAGGAGCCACUGCGUCAGUUGUCAGGAGAGAUGGGAAGGUGUGUGUGCUGAAGUGGUAUGAUGACAAACCGUAUUUGAUGCUCUCCACUGUUCAUGGUGAACAGCCGUAUGACACCUAUCAACGGUGGUCAAAGCAGAAUAAGGAAUUUGUGAAUGUCAAGCAACCAAGUGUUGUCCGUGAGUACAAAGCAAAGAUGGCAGGAUUUGACCUGGCAGAACGGAUGAUAUCCUCCUAUUGUCUGAGCAGCCGAACCAAGAGGUGGACAAUACGGAUGCUCAUGCACUUCACUGAUCUGGCUUUAGUCAACAGCUGGUUACUGUAUCAACAAGACAACCUGGAAAACGGCACAAUGGAGUUCCUUGAAUUUCGCACGAUAGUGGCUCAAACAUACCUAGCUAUGGCCGACAGCCUUGGUGUACGAUGUUCAUAUGAGGAGGAAGGUUUUAAUGCUCAUCCUGCCAAAAGAUGUCGGUUCACUGCUGUCCCACACAUUUCGGUCCGGACAACUUCUGCUCGACACCUUCCUGAGAUGGUUGACUUGAAAAAUGCAAUGCGCUGCAGAAGAAAGCACUGCAACAGGAAAAGUCGCGUGCGUUGCGUGGAAUGUAAUGUGUUCCUGUGCUUAAGAGCAGAACGCAACUGUUUUGCUGCUUUCCACAGCAGCGACCUAGAGUAAUGUGUACUUGUUUGCACUGCAAGAUUCUUGAUAUGUUGAUUGUGACUGAAGGCUUGUACACUGACAAUGUCUUUUUGGUAUGGUUUUGUCUUAGUUCAGUUUGUUAAUAAUACAGUGACAGGACACAACAAAAUUGAGCUAAAACACAACAAAUUAAUUCACAACACAUCAAAACUGAGCUACAACACAAUUAAACUACAACACAAAUUGAGCUACAAUACACCAAAUUAAGCCACCACACAAAAUUAAGCCAUAACACAACAAAAUUGAGCUACAACACAACAAUUAAACUACAACACAAAUUGAGCUACAACACAACAAAUUUAGCCACAACACAAAAUUAAGCCAUAACACAACAAAAUUGAGCUACAACACAAUUUUUAACAAAAAAACUAAAUUAAGCCAUAACACAACAAAAUUGAGCUACAACACAACAAAUUAAGCAGCAACACAAAACUGAGCUACAAAACAACAAAUUAAGCCAUAACACAACAAAACUGAGCUACAACACAACAAAUUAAGCCACAACACAACAAAAUUGAGUUACAACACAACAAUUUUUUACAACACAACAAAAUAAGCCAUAACACAACAAAAUUGAGCUACAACACAACAAUUAAACUACAACACAAAUUGAGCUACAACACAAUACAAUUAAGCCACAAAAAAUUGAGCUACAACAAAAUAAAUUAAGCCACAACACAAAAUUGAGCUACAACACAACAAAUUAAGCCAUAACACAAAAAAACUGAGCUACAACACAACAAAUUAAGCCACAACACAAAAUUAAGCCAUAACACAACAAAACUGAGCUACAACACAACAAAAUUGAGCUACAACACAAAAUUGAGCUACAACAAAAUAAAUUAAGCCACAACACAAAACAACUGAGCUACAACACAACAAAUUAAGCCACAACACAAAAUUAAGCCAUAACACAACAAAACUGAGCUACAACACAACAAAAUUGAGCUACAACACAACAAAUUAAGCCAUAACACAACAAAAUUGAGUUACAACACAACAAAUUAAGCAGCAACACAAAAUUGAGCUACAACACAACAAAUUAAGCAGCAACACAAAAUUGAGUUACAACACAACAAAUUAAGCAGCAACACAAAAUUGAGUUACAACACAACAAAUUAAGCAGCAACACAAAAUUGAGCUACAACACAUUUUUUAACAACAAAACAAAAAUAAGCCAUAACAAAAAAAUUAAGCCACAACACAAAAUUGAGCUACAACACAACAAAAUAAGCCAUAACACAACAAUUAAACUACAACACAACAAAAUAGAGGUACAACACAACAAUUAAACUACAACACAACAAAAUUGAGCUACAACACAACAAAUUAAGCAGCAACACAAAAUUGAGCUACAACACAUUUUUUAACAACAAAACAAAAAUAAGCCAUAACAAAAAAAUUAAGCCACAACACAAAAUUGAGCUACAACACAACAAAAUAAGCCAUAACACAACAAUUAAACUACAACACAACAAAAUAGAGCUACAACACAACAAUUAAACUACAACACAACAAAAUUGAGCUACAACACAACAAAAUUUAACAACACAACAAAAUUAAGCCACAACACAAAAUUAAGACGCAACACAACUAAAGUAAGCCACAACAAUAAGCAAUAACACAAUGGAAAAGCCACAACACAACAUAAGACACAACACAAUUAAGCCAAAAUGCAACAAUUAAACUACAACACAAAAUUAAGCCAUAACAUAACAAAAUUGAGCUACAACACAAUUGAACUACAACACAAAAUUAAGCUACAACACAAAAUUUAACAACACACCAAAAUUAAGCCAUGAAACAACAAAAUUAAGACACUACACAACAAAAUUAAGACGUAACACAACGAAAGUAAGCCACAACAAUAAGCAGUAACACAAUGGAAAAGACACAACACAAAAUUAAGCCAUAACACAACAAAAAUGAGCUACAACAAAAUUGAGCUACAACACAAAAUUAAGCCAUAACACCACAAAAAUGAGCUACAACACAACAGAUAAACUACAACACAAAAUUAGGCCACAGCACAACAAAAUUAAGCUACAACACAACGGAAAAGCCGCAACACAACAAAAUUGGGCUACAACACAACAAUUAAACCACAACACAAAAUUGAGCUACAACACAACAAAUUAAGCCACAACACAAAAUUGAGCUACAACACAACAAAAUUGAUCUACCACACAACAAAAUUUAACAACUCAACAAAAUUAAGCCAUGAAACAACAAAAUUAAGCCACAACACAACAAAAUUAUGACGUAACAACGAAAGUAAGCCACAACAAUAAGCAAUAACACAAUGGAAAAGACACAACACAAAAUUAAGCCAUAACACAACAAAAAUGAGCUACAACAAAAUUGAGCUACAACAUAAAAUUAAACCAUAACACAACAAAAAUGAGCUACAACACAACAGUUAAACUACAACACAAAAUUAAGACAUAACAAAAAUGAGCUACAGCACAACAAUUAAACUACAACACAAAAUUAAGACAUAACAAAAAUGAGCUACAGCACAACAGUUAAACUACAACACAAAAUUAGGCCACAGCACAACAAAAUUUAGCUACAACACAACGGAAAAGCCGCAACACAACAAAACUGGGCUACAACACAACAAUUAAACCACAACACAAAAUUGAGCUACCACACAACAAAAUUUAACAACUCAACAAAAUUAAGCCAUGAAACAACAAAAUUAAGCCACAACACGACAAAAUUAUGACAUAACACAACGAAAGUAAGCCACAACAAUAAGCAAUAACACAAUGGAAAAGCCUGAACACAAAAUUAAGCCAUAACACAACAAAAAUGAGCUACAACACAACAAUUAAACUACAACACAAAAUUAAGACAUAACACAACAAAAUUGAGCUACAACACAAUUAAACUACAACACAAAAUUAAGACAUAACAAAAAUGAGCUACAGCACAACAGAUAAACUACAACACAAAAUUAGGCCACAGCACAAGAAAAUUAAGCUACAACACAACGGAAAAGCCGCAACACAACAAAAUUGGGCUACAACACAACAAUUAAACCACAACACAAAAUUGAGCUACAACACAACAAAUUAAGCCACAACACAAAUUGAGCCACAACACAACAAAAUUAAGACGUGCCACAACAAUAAGCAAUAACACAAUUAAGCCACAACACAACAAAAUUGAGCCACAACACAACAAUUAAACAACAACACAAACAUAAGCCAUAAACAAAUUGAGCUACAACACAACAAUUAAACUACAAAAAAAAUUUUUAAGCCAUAACGCAACAAAAUUAAGCUACAACAAAACAAUUAAACCACAACACAAAACGAAGCCACAGCACAACAAAAUUAAGCUACAAUCCAACAAAAUUAAGACACUACACAACAAAAUUAAGCCAUGAAACAACAAAAUUAAGCCACAACACAACAAAAUUAAGACGUAACACAACGAAAGUAAGCCACAACAAUAAGCAAUAACACAAUGGAAAAGCCACAACACAACAUAAGACACAACACAAUUAAGCCACAACAAAAUUGAGCUACAACACAACAAUUAAACUACAACACAAAACUAAGCCAUAACACAAUAAAAAUGAGCUACAACACAAAAUUAAGGCAUAACACAACAAAAAUGAGCUACAACACAACAGUUAAACUAAUUAGGCCACAGCACAACAAAAUUAAGCUACAACACAACGGAAAAGCCGCAACACAACAAAAUUGGGCUACAACAAUUAAACCACAACACAAAAUUGAGCUACAACACAACAAUUAAGCUACAGCACAAUUAAGCCAAAACAUAAUUGAGCUACAACACAACAAUUAAACCACAACACAAUGAAAGUAAGCUACAACAUUAAAUUAAGCAAUAAUAAAAUGGAAAAGCCACAACAGAAAAGCCACAACACAACAAAAUUAAGGCCACAACAAAAUUGGGCUACAACACAACAAUUAAACCACAACACAAAAUUGAGCUACAACUCAACAAAAUUAAGACACUACACAACUAAAUUAAGCCAUGAAACAACUAAAUUAAGCCACAACACAACAAAAUUAAGACACAAAAAUAAAUUAAGCAAUAACAACAGAAAAGACACAACAAAUUAAGCCACAAAACAACAAAAUUGAACUACAACACAACAUAAGACACAACAAAAUUAAGGCAAAACACAAUACAAUUAAGCCACAACACAACAAAAUUAAGCCAUAACAAAAUUGAGCUACAACAUAACUUAAGCCACAACACAAGAAAAAUGAGCUACAACACAACAAUUAAACUACAACACAACAAUUUAAACUACACACAAAAUUAAGCCAUAACACAACAAAACUGAGCUACAACACAACAAUUAAACUACAACACAAAAUUAGGCCACAGCACAACAAAAUUCAGCUACAACACAACGGAAAAGCCGCAACACAACAAAAUUGGGCUACAACACAACAAUUAAACCACAACACAAAAUUGAGCUACAACACAACAAAUUAAGCCACAACACAAAAUUGAGCUACAACACAACAAAAUAGAGCUACGACACAACAAUUAAACUACAACACAACAAAAUUGAGCUACAACACAACAAAAUUAAACAAAACAAAAUUAAGACACUACACAACAAAAUUAAGACACUACACAACUAAAUUAAGCCAUGAAACAACUAAAUUAAGACACAAAAAAUAUAAAAGACAAAAGACAUAACACAAUGAAAGUAAGCCACAACAAUAAAUUAAGCAAUAACACAACGGAAAAGACACAACACAAAAUUUAGCCAUAACAAAAUUGAGCUUUAACACAGCAAAAUUAAGUUAUAACACCACACAAUUAAGCCACAACACAACAAAUUUAAAAUGCAACACAAUUAAGCCACAACACAACAAAAUUGAACUACAACACAACAAUUAAGCUACAACACAACAAAUUAAGCCACAACACAACAAAACUGAGCUACAACACAACAAAAAUAAGACACUACACAACAAAUUAAGACACUAUACAAAAUUAAGGCACGAAACAACAAAAUUAAGCCACAAAAAUAAAUUAAGCAAUAACACAAUGGAAGAGACACAACACAAUAUAAGACACAACACAACAAAAUUGAGCUAUAACAGCAAAAUUAAGGCACAACACAACAAAAUUGAGCUACAACAUAAUUUAAGCCACAACACAACAAAAUUGAGCUACAGCACAACAGUUAAACUACAUCACAAACUUAAGCCAUAACACAACAAAAUUGAACUACAACACAACAAUUAAACUACAACACAAACCUAACCCAUAACACAACUAAAUUGAGCUACAACACAAUAAUUAAACUACAACACAAAAUUAAGCCACAACACAACAAAUUUAAGAUACGACAAAAUUAAGCUACAACAAAAUUAAGCCACAACACAAUGAAAGUAAGAUACAACAAAAUUAAGCCACAGCACAACAAAUUAAGCCACAACAAUAAAUUAAGCAAUAACAAAAUGGAAAAGCCACAACACAACAUAAGACACAACACAACAAAAUUGAGCUAUAACAGCAAAAUUAAGGCACAACACAAUUAAGCCACAACACAACAAAAUUGAGCUACAACACAAAAUUAAACAAAACAAAAUUAAGACACUACACAACAAAAUGAAGACAUAACACAAUGAAAGUUAACCACAAUAAUAAAUUAAGCAGUAACACAACUGAAAAGACACAACGCAACAAAAUUGAACUACAACACAAUUAAACCACAACACAAAAUUGAGCUACAACACAACAAAAUUGAGCUACAACACAACAAAUUACACUACAACACAAAAUUAAGCCAUAACACAACAAAACUGAGCUACAACACAACAAUUAAACCACAACACAAAAUUGAGCUACAACACAACAAAAUUGAACUACAACACAACAAUUAAACUACAACACAAAAUUAAGCCAUAACACAAAAAACUGAGCUACAACACAACAAAUUAAACUACAACACAAAAUUAAGCCAUAACACAACAAAAUUGGGCUACAACACAACAAUUAAACUACAACACACAAUUGAGCUACAACACAACAAAAUUGAGCUACAACACCACAAUUAAACUACAACACAACCAAAUUAAACAACUAAGUUAAGACACUACACAACUAAAUUAAGCCAUGAAACAACAAAAUUGAGCUACAACACAACAAAUUAAGCCACACACAAAAUUGAGCUACAACACAAUAAAACUGAGCUACAACACAACAAUUACAACACAACUAAAUUGAGCCACAACACAAAAUUGAGCUACAACACAACAAAACUGAGCUACAACACAACAAUUAAACUACAGCACAACUAAAUUGAGUUACAACACAACAAAUUAAGACACUACACAACAAAAUUAAGCCACGAAACAACAAAAUUAAGCCAUAACACAAUGGAAAAGACACAACACAUCAUAAGACACAACACAACAAUAUUGAGCUAUAACAGCAAAAUUAAGGUACAACACAAUUAAGCCACAAUAAAACAAAACUGAGCUACAAAACAAUUAAACUACAACACAAAAUUAAGCCACAGCACAACAACAUUAAGCUACAACACAACGGAAAAGCCACAACACAACAAAUUUAAGAUACAACAAAAUUAAGCCACAACACAACAAAAUUGAGCUACAACACAAUUAAGCCACAACACAACAACAUUAAGCUAUAACACAAUUAAGCCACAACACAACAACAUUAAGCUACAACACAACAACAUUAAGCUAUAACAGCAAAAUUAAGGUACAACACAAUUAAGCCACAACAAAACAAAACUGAGCUACAAAACAAUUAAACUACAACACAAAAUUAAGCCACAGCACAACAACAUUAAGCUACAACACAACGAAUUUAAGAUACAACAAAAUUAAGCCACAACACAACAAAAUUGAGCUACAGCACAACACAAUUAAGCCACAACACAACAAGAUUGUGCUACAACACAACAAUUUAACCACAACACAAAAUUAAGGCACAACACAAUGAAAGUAAGCUACAACAAUAAAUUAAGCAAUAACAAAAUGGAAAAGCCACAACACAACGAAAUUAAGUUAUAACAUAACAAACUUAAGCCACAGCACCAAAAAAUUGAGCUACAACACAACAAUUAAACUACAACACAAACUUAAGCCAUAACACAAAAUUGAGCUACAACACAACAGUUAAACUACAACACAAUUUGAGCUACAACACAAUAAAACUGAGCUACAACACAACGGAAAAGCCACAACGCAACGAAUUUAAGAUACAACAAAAUUAAGCCACAACACAACAAAAUUGAGCUACAACACAACAAUUAAUCUACAACACAAACUUAAGCCAUAACAUAACAAAUUAAACUACAACACAAAAUUAAGCCAUAACACAACAAAAUUGAGUUAUAACAUAAACUUAUGCCAGAACACAAACAAAUUGAGCUACAACACAACAAUUAAACUACGACACAAAAAUAAACCAUAACACAACAAAAUUGAGCUACAAUGCAAAAUUAAGCCAUAACACAACAAUUUAAGCCACAACACAACAAUAACACAAAAAUAAACCAUAGCACCAAAAUUGAGCUACAACGCAACAGAAAAGCCACAAGAAAAAUAAAACCCAACACAAUGGAGUUUUACUCGCUUUUUGUCUUUUUCUGAGUGAAGAAAAAAAGGCACAAUGUUCUUUCUCCAGCAGUUUUGGCAUUACAAACGUCAUUCAUGUGCGGUAACGGAGCAGUUAUAAUUGUAAAUAAAAUAAAACAUUCUUAGAAGUUGUCGCAAAAGCCCAUUCAUGUACUUUUUAAAGCUGAGAACAAAAGCAGUUCGAGAAACUAAACUGAAACAAAACGCUCAGACUUGCCGACAGUGAAAUAUUUAAAAAGAAGAAUUAGAGGAAUCACUAAAUUAUGAACAAUUUACUGCAGUUUUUUGAUUAAUAUUUAAUAAUGUAAUCCAUAAAAGUAACUGAAAUAUGAUGACUAUUUUAAAAUGUAAUUUAAUCUAAUUACAAGUACUUGAUUUUUAUAAUCUGAAAUUAUGUAAUCAAGAUUACAUGUAAUCCGUUACUACCGAGGCCAGCACUGUACAGAGAGAACACUGAGGUUUUAUUUUUCUCAGCAGAAGAUUGCAUGAAGAGUAGGAAACUUGAAAUUAAUUUGUUUGACAUUAAUACUUAUUUUAUUGUUCUUGUGCUUUUUUUGUUUUGUUUUUUUAAAUGCAGAGAGAGCAUUUACAUUUUUUCACAAAAUAUUGAAAUAAAUAGUUUGAUACACAAAGCUGAAUUUCAUGAGAUUGGUAUUAAUGAUCAAUUAAAAAAUCAUACCAGAACAUAACCCCACUGUCCUGAUAUGAGGGUAUCAGUUUGUAUUUAAACUAUUUGCCGUUCUAAAAACCUGCUUUGUUUGGAUGGUUAUCGAGUGAUACUAGUCAAAUAGUCGAGGGAAAUGGAAAAUGCACACGGCAAUCAAGCUGUCAGGAGGUUAAAGAAGAAAAUAUUGUGACUCCAGCCAGGUCUCCUAAGCAACCAAAUUGGCCCGGUUGCUAGGGAGGGUAGAGUCACAUGGGGUAACCUCCUCGUGGUCGCUAUAAUGUGGUUCGUUCUCGGUGGGGCGCGUGGUGAGUUGAGCGUGGAUGCCGCGGUGGAUGGCGUGAAGCCUCCACACGCGCUAUAUCUCCGUGGCAAUGCGCUCAACAAGCCACGUGAUAAGAUGCGCGGAUUGAUGGUCUCAGACGCGGAGGCAACUGAGAUUCGUUCUCCGCCACCCGGAUUGAGGCGAAUCACUACGCGACCACGAGGACUUAAAAGCGCAUUGGGAAUUGGGCAUUCCAAAUUGGGAGAAAAAAAGAAGAAAAUAUUUUUAGAUGUAUAACAAACACUUGAUUAUUUUUUUAAUUCUGCAAUCUUGCACAAUUCAAUAAUGUCAACUGAUAGUUGUAUAUUUAAUAGGGUGACAUUCCAUUAACCAUGGUUUUACCACAUUAACCAUAGUUUAAACGUUGUAUUUUUAGUAAAAACCAUAGUAACCCCAAAAUUAGCCUUGGUUACGACAGUCAUGACUACAAUAUUACUGUAGUAAAACCAUGGUUAAUUUUUGCUGGUUAAACUGUUUUAUAUAAAUAAAUAAUAAAAAAUAGUGAUAAACAGCAGCCAUGCACUUAAUAUUCCGCUUAAAAAAAAAAAAAAAAAAAAAAAAAAAAGAGGCAAAGUCUGUAAGGCUGUGCAGGUCUCGAGUGAAUCAGUGAAUCAUUUAUUUGAACUAGUUCAUUUACAUAAACUGUCCGAAAGAACUGACUCACUCAAAUGGAUUGGAGUUACUAACUCUAUUUAAAAGGGAAUCGUUUAUUUAAACGUUCAUUUUCACGAACUGUCCGAAAGAACGGAUUCACUUAAAUGAUUCAGUUUUCCCAGCGCUACAUGAGAGAGAGAGGACGGUUCAGGUGAGUGUUUGAUUACUCUCUUGCCUUCAUUGCUGCGUUCACAGUACAGCGUGACAAAUGAAGCGUUUUGUGACGUUACGGUGCUACUCGCUGGAAAUAGUAGCUUGUUACUGGAAAAGCGACAAUAUCUGAACUGCUGUCACGGUACUGAAAAAUUUAGUAGCAUCGCUACUUUUAGUUAGUUACUCCCAAACACGUGCAAACCUCUUAACUUUCUGUUUCACGAUGUUUUCUGUCCUUCAUUCUGUAGGUGGCGAUUUCAUCCUCACAAACAAAAUGAAACCCAGUGGUGUGUGGAAUUCCCCUGUUUCUGAGGAUUUUCUUGUAAACUCGGAAGCUCACAGUCUGGACGCCUCCCCUCACGCAAAUGCCACAGGUGUAUCUCCAAACCAA